AUGGAAACGUACUUACGGGAGGAUAUUUUUGCAGAUAUCCUUCACAUCUAUUCGCAAUCAACGCCUCCAGGGCCUCUACUGCUUUUUAUACCAGGUAAUCCUGGGCUAAUUAACUUCUAUGAAGAAUUUUUAAAAUGCAUACAUGAAAGGAAUCCUACUUGGGAAGUUGUUGGUAUUGGGCAUACUGGAAUGUCAUCUCUUAGGGAGAAUAACUCUUUGUCGGGUAGAGUUCAUACAUUAGACGAGCAGAUUGAAGAUAAGGUCAAGGUCAUUAACGAGUUUGUGGAUGCGGGGGGUGACAGAUGCAUUAAACUUAUAGGCCAUUCUAUAGGGGCUUAUAUGGUACAGAAAAUAGCAUUACACAAAGGGUUAAGGGGUAAGAUCGAUAUGGUCAUGCUUCUCACACCGACUAUAAUAGAUAUACAUCGAAGUUCUAAAGGCGUGCAGUUGACUAGGAUCAGCGACUGGUUUCCAAAGUUCUACGAGUAUGCGUAUGUUGUAGACAGGGUUCUAUUCAAAUGGAUAUUGCCAACUUCCUGGAUCGAGUGGAUUGCGCGGAAGCUUAUAGGAGGUAGUGAUGAAUGUGUUUUACAGAGUGCACAAAAGUUAGUUUCAACUCCGGAGUUUGUGAAGCAGGCACUUGGAUUAGCACAGAUAGAGAUGUAUCAGGUGCGGAAUCAAUGGGAUUUUCAAGACGAGUUUAUCAGUUUCUGCCAGGCAAAUAAGAUUAAGGUGCGUUUUUUGUUCAGUGGGCACGACCAUUGGGUUCAUCCUGAUACAAUGAAGGAUAUUAUCGAGUUGUAUGAGGCUAAAUAUUCAAGUGAUGAGAAAGAUUUAUUGAACAUAACCAUAGAUGGCCACAUUAACCAUUCUUUUGUUGUUAAGGAUACCACGAAAGUCGUGAAUAUAUAUUUUUAA